AUUUUUAAUGUAUGUAUUCGUUAAUAAAUUGCACCUUUAACACAUAACAUAUUUCCAAAUUAUGUUUCAGAAUGCUGACUACUGCAAUCGUGUUGUCAUUUUGUAGUCGGCGCUAUAUUGUUUAUACUCUUACCAUCCAAGCCUAUUUUUUUUUUACCAAUUUCCUCCUGAAAUUACAUAAGUUACCCGAAUAUAGGCGUUAUGUCGAAUGUCACGUGACUAAACCGGAAAACAGGACUCUUCACUUCCACUUUUCACAGAAGCCGGUAGCAGCAGUGAGAGCUAAUAGCAACACGGACUCUACGGUAACCUAUUUAGCGUGUUUAUAAAUUGGUAGUGUUUUAUUCGCCUAAAUUAACUAAUGAUAGUGAGAAGAUGGCUUUGUCAAGAUCAGUAAAGUACCAGAUACGGGAUAAUCCCAACUGUGAUUUUUGCUGUGUACCUCAGUGCGCGAUGUCAGGAAAGUUCAACUCCUGCGUAAGUUUCCACCACUUUCCAAAGGAUGAAACCUUACGAAAGGUAUGGAUACGGAAUGUAAGACGUGAGAAUCUGGUGAUUAAGAGGACUACGACAGUCUGUAGUAGACAUUUCAUUGACACAGAUGUCAUUCCGGGUGGGAGAAGACGCUUAAAAGAGGGCGCAGUGCCCGUGUUGUUUGCCUGGAAUAACUACUCUCUGUUGCCAGCCAGGCCCAGUGUUUGGGAGAGAACACAGCGACCAGAGGAUGAAUUACCUGAAGAGAUGGAUGUUGAACUGUUGCUUCAGUGCCACGACUAUGACGGAAAACCAGAACCAUCAGCUUUGGAUAUGGCUUGUGAGAAAAUUGAGGCCCAGCAGCUUGUGAUAGAAGAGCUCCGAAAGAGGCUGAACGAGGUUACACUGAAGCAGUCGUUUGGUUUAGAGAGGUUUUCAGCAUCAGACGAUGAUAUCAGAUUCUAUACCAGGUUUGCCAGCUACCAGCAUUUCCAAGCAUUUUGGAGACAGAUUGAACCUGCAACAAGAAGAAUUGUGCGUGUUGGUACACGGGCACCUACUCUCACCACUACAGCUCCAGACAAGGCUGCUGAUCCACCUCGACGACCAAACCGAUGCCUUCCAUUAAUAGAUGAACUGUUCCUGUUCUUGGUGUACCUGUCACUGGGUCUGAAGGAAAAAGAUCUGGGUGAUCGUUUCAACAUACAUCAGUCCACUGUCAGCAGAAUAAUCAAGACUUGGGUCAUGUAUGCCCGGGCUGUGUGGCUGGAGCAUGGAAAGGAGGUGGAGGGGACUGCCCCAGACAAAUGGAUUGAUGUCGACAACAAAACUAUUAGAUGGCCAAAAAUGAGAGAAAAGGCAGCUUUCUACAAUCAGCACCCCCCUCAGGAUGACUGGAUGACAUUCACUUGGGUGAAACGUAAAAUGACCUCCGUUAACAUUGAUGAAUGCAAUGAAUAUAACAUGACGAGCCAUGUUGAAGAAGAACAGGAAAAUGAGCAAGUAGUGAAGAGGAAAAAGGCCAAAUGCAAGUUUGAUGACUAUAUUCUUGAAUCUGACUAUCUAGACGAGGAAGAGGAGACCAUGACAGAUGCCUUUGUAAAGGCACCCUCCUUUCCUGUUCCACCAACAAAGUCCAUUCAGAUGGGGUCUGCUGGAUGUAACAAAAAGUUUACUGCUAACCCUGGACAUCCAAAUGUAAACAACACCAGCCAGCUGGGGGGCUCAGAAUCUGACCAGUGCGGUCACAGCAGUGGAUCCAGGCACAGCGACAGGUCCCACUACAACAGCCAGUCCAGGUACAUUGACGGGUCCCAUCACAGCAGCCAGUCCAGGCACAGCGACAGGUCCAGGCACAGCGACAGGUCCAGGCACAGCGACAGGUCCCACCACAGCGACAGGUCCAGGCACAGCGACAGGUCCCACCACAACAGCCAGUCCAGGUACAUUGACAGGUCCCAUCACAGCAGCCAGUCCAGGCACAGCGACAGGUCCAGGCACAGCGACAGGUCCAGGCUGAGCAACAGGUCACAUCAUAGUAAACAGUCCAAGCACAACAGUGGGUCUAGGCACAUCGACCAGCAUAGACACAGCAAAUUGUCUAGUGACGGCAGCAGGUCUCAACACAGCAAGCAUUCCAGACAGGGUGACUUGUACAAGAACUAUUAUGAUACUGUUCAAACGCCAGUCUCAAGAUCCUCUGGCAGAUCAUUCUCCCAGCAAAGUCCGAGGUCUUCUGCAAAUGUAUCCAGUGCUAGGUCUCAGAUGGAAGGACACUUAAGAUUUCCACUGUCCACAGCGAAGUUUCAGAAAAAAGUCUUGGCCAAAUUGGUGGAUAUCCACUUAGAGGUCAGAAGGGUGGGAAGAAGUGAGCCUACUCUUUCAUCUGCCAAUAUAAAGCAGCUGGAGACAAUGGAGGAGUUUGAGAGGGAGGAGGAAUGCCUCAAGGACAAGCCAACCUUUGAAUCCCUGGUGUUACAACUUGCAAGAAUUGGUGGGAAAGAUGUAAGAGACUGUGUCCACAAAAUUCUUGACAGGCUCUUCACCAACCAGUUGAUGGCAAAGUUCAAUAUGAAGGGGAAAGGGAAGAAGCAUAAACUGCCUCUGGAGACAACAAACCUAUAUGAAGCAAUAAGAGCGGCAGUCAUGAAGUGGGAUAAAGAAGCUACAGAGGCUGCAAUAAAGCAUCAUGCAGCAGACCAUCUUAAACAUGCACCUGGGAGGAAGGGAGGAGGAGGACAUGUUUGUUUUUAGUUCAUUUAAAGUUCCAUGGGACUCUGUUCUGUCAUUUAAAAACAAGGUGUUGGUGUUUACAUUUUGAUACAUAAAUGCAAAUAUUGUUUUCCUAAACCUCAUUAAAGAUAUUUCUCAUUUUAUAAAA